AAUGAAGACCUUUUUGAAGAACUUGUUACAUGCGGCUUUGAAUGAAAGGGACUUCACCCAGUCCAACUCUUCACUUGUGCUGGCGGAAAAGCAAGAUUUAGCACCAGCAGAGCCUCAGCCCGUUCAACUAUCGGGACCCGAAAAGCAAAUGCGAAGGCUGUGGGCCGAAGCCCUUGGCACCACAGCCGAGGAUGUCGGGAUCGGAAGACACGAUGACUUCUUUUUGUGCGGCGGCUCGCCUACUAGUGUUCUUCAAUUGAGCCAGAUCGCCCAGGAGGAGGGCCUCGGGUUAGAUCCGAGAGAUAUCUUCGAGAACUCGCGCCUAAUAGAGUUAGUCAAGCGACUUCAGAACCAGACUGUAUCAACUACAAAUAAGGUCAUUCCUCCCUUUUCGCUCUUGGGGCCUGCCACGGAUUGCCAGAAAAUACGCGACUAUGCAGCCCAGCUGUGCCAUGUCAAGCAGAAGCAGGUCUUGGAUGUUUUACCAUGUACGCCUCUCCAAGCUGGGCUGCUGGCGCUCACGCACUUGAAUGCUGGGAAUUACGUGGCCAAGCAUCUCUUCGAAAUUGAUCCCAGUAUCAAUGUGGAGAGCUUCCGCGCCGCGUGGGACCAGGUGGUAGCGGUGAACCCUAUCCUACGCACCCGAAUGGUGACCUUACCAGGCCACGACAUUGUGCAAGUGAUCCUCAACGAAGAGGUUCAAUGGAUCUUUGAGGAUAGUCUUGAGCUGUACCAACGGAGAUUCUUGGCCGAAGAGUCCGCAUUUGGCCUCGGUGACCCUCUUACCCGCUUCGUACUCAUUGGAAACGACACGCCGGGGUCUCGCUAUUUCGUGUGGGAGACUCACCAUGCGCUCUAUGAUGGAUGGUCUCAACCACUGAUCCUGAAGGAUGCUGAGCACACUUACUACCAGGAAGUGGGUCCACGACUAUCAUCCAUGUCAGGAUUGAUACAGUACAUUCAAGGGAUGGACCCUAUUGACGUGGCGCGCUUUUGGGCAAAGCUGUUCCAAGGUUCGGCUGGAGUUAGCUUUCCCGUCACAAAAAAAGGGCUCUGUCUGGAUCAAUCUCAGAACAGGCAAACGAUAACCCACGAGUUAUCAAACCUGAAAUGGGGCCAGAACAGUUUUACCCCUACCACUGUUGUACGCGCGGCAUGGGCAAUUGUGCAAGCCAGCCGCACCAACUCCAACGAGGCCAUCUUUGGUGUCACGGUAUCAGGACGGCAGGGAGCUCUCGCGGGGAUUGAACAUCUGGCAGGUCCCACUAUUGCCACAGUCCCCGUUCGGGUCCAGAUCGAUUGGACGGGGAGUAUCAGUCAACUGCUAGAGAGUGUGCAGUGCCAAGCGGCCGAUAUGAUACCCUUUGAGCAGACUGGUCUUCAGCAUAUUCGGCGCAUCAACGACGAGACUCGGGUUGCUUGCGGCUUUCAAUCACUUUUGGUCAUUCAACCAAAGAAUGAAAAGUCGGAGAAUACUGACAAGAGACCCUUUCUGAGUGAUUUCUUGGAUACCAGCAAUUUGAUGGGAGAGCGUGCCUCUGGAACCUAUGCUCUUGAGGUUGAGUGCCAAUUGUCAUUGGGUGGAUUGUGCGUCCAGAUUGAUUUUGAUUGCAACGUCAUUCCGUCAGGAGACGUGGAAGAGCUCAUGGACGAGUUGCGGCAUGUUCUGCGCCAAUUGGCAAGCUUCAACGAUGGAAUGCAGAGAUCAAAUGCCCCAAUUGCAUCAGUGCUGACACCGACCAAAUUCAUGAGCCAAGUUUCCGAAUGGAAUGCGCAAUAUAGUCCCCCGGUUGAAGAGACUGUGCAUUUCGUCAUUGAGAAGCGAGCUAGGGAAUCUCCACGAGCGAUGGCGAUAUGUGCCUGGGAUGGAGAGAUUACAUACCACCAACUAGAUGAACUCUCCACUCGAUUGGCAGGUCAUUUGGCUGGGAUUCCAGUGGCUGGUACCCUAGUCACACUUUUGUUCGAAAAGUCCCUCUGGAUGCCUGUGGCAGCACUCGCUGUACUAAAAGCAGGAGGUGCCUUGAAUGCUCUCGAGAUGAAACAGCCAGAGGAACGCCUUCGAGAGAUUGUGACUCAGACCGACUCUCCGUUAUUGCUUUGUUCUAUUCAGAACGAGAAGCUGGCUUCAAAGCUUCAACCCAAACGAUUGUUGGUAGUGGGAAGCAAUUCUGAUGGAAGCAAGCACCCUCCAGCCCAACUGCCUUUGGUCAAUCCUGCAAGUCUUCUUUAUGUGGUCUUCACCUCUGGUAGCACCGGAACUCCCAAAGGUGUCCAGAUUACACAUCGCAACAUGCGCAGUGCUAUCACUUACCAGCAAGCAGCAUUGCAGUAUAAUGAGAAGUCCCGAGUGUUUGACUUUGCCAGCUAUGGCUUUGAUGUGGCGUGGUCUAAUCUGUUCAUGACACUCACUGCUGGCGGGUGUUUAUGUAUCCCAUCCGCCCAUGAACGCGACAACGAACUGAUUAAUUGCCUCGUUAAGUACGACAUCAAUCUCAUGGACAGCACUCCUUCACUUGCUCGGACGUUAGGCAAGGAGGUGAUAUCUCGUUUGGCCACGCUCAUCCUCGGAGGGGAGGCGAUGCUCCCAGGUGACGCACUACUCGCAGGCGACCGAACGACAAUCAUCAACGCAUAUGGACCUGCCGAAUGUACACCAACCGCUCUUAUUUCCAGGUUUCACGCAGACGGUGUCAGAAUCGGUCGUGGGCAUGGUUCUUGCACCUGGAUUGUUGAUGCGGAAAACCCAAGCCGACUGGCCCCUGUGGGAUCAGUCGGUGAGCUCUGGCUUGAAGGGCCGAUCGUGGGUGAUGGGUACCUCAACGACGCUGAAAAGACAUCCAUGGCAUUUAUCCAUGAUCCACCCUGGCUACUGCGUCACGUUGGCCGAACCGGACGUGUGUACCGUACGGGCGACCUCGUUCGCUAUGAAUCAGAUGGUUCACUUGUCUACAUCGGACGGAAAGAUCACCAGGUCAAAAUUCGAGGCCAGCGAGUCGAACUCGGCGAAAUCGAAAUUACCUUGGAGCGAAUCCUGCAUUCUAUCGGAGCCCGCGUAGUGGUCGAGGUUGUCCAGCUAACCAAUGUGUCAACCUUAACUCUCGUGGGAUUCGUGACGCUUCCGAAGGUUGAAGGGAUGACGGAGGCUGAACACGAAGUCGCAGUCAAGCAGACAGCGGAUGGUUUGGUCGACCGGCUGGCCCAAACUUUGCCAUCAUAUAUGAUUCCAACCGCAUUCUUCUCACUGCCGGUGGUUCCAGUGACAACGACGGGGAAGACCGAUCGACGUGAGCUUCGCGAGAAAGCUAGAUCAUUGUUGUUGGCUAUGCGUGCGAAUGAAGCAGGCCAAGCAAGAAAAGACCAAGUAUUCAAUUCCACUGGAUCUAUUAUCCGUGACGUUUGGAUCGCUAUCCUCAACCUGGCGGAAGAAGAAGCAUCUCUUGACGCGGACUUUGCGCGACUCGGUGGAGACUCAAUCUCAGCCAUGCAAAUCGUUUCACGAUGUCGAAUGCACAAUCUUCAACUGACCGUCAGCGACAUUUUGCAAGCGCGUACCAUCCGAAAACUAGCCGAUCACUGCAAAGCACCACCGCUGCGGUACGAGCUGACGGAAGUACUUGGAUGUGAAGACCCGUCAAUUCCAUCGGAGCUCUCCCCGAUCCAGCAGGAUUUCUUCAGUCUCUAUCCCGAUGGUCUGAAUCACUACAACCAGUCCUUUUUGUUGGAUCUUGUGAAGCCUGUCUCAGCAUCUACGCUUAGAAAUGCCUUGAGGGCGGUAGUCUCUCGUCACCCGAUGCUUCGUGCUCGUUUCCAGAAAGACCCGAACAGCGGUUCCUGGCAGCAAAGGAUUGCCGAAGACGGACCUGAGGCAUUUGCCUUCGCUCUCCACACUGUGGCUGAUGAAGCGGCGGCUUCAAACGCUGCGCAAUGGCGACAAGAAAAUUUGGAUAUCCGAGAAGGCCCUGUUUUUGCUUGUGACUUGUUCAAUGUUACUUCUGGUGGGCAAAUGGUCUUGCUCUCUGCGCAUCAUCUGGUGAUAGAUCUUGUUUCUUGGCGCAUCCUAUGGGGAGACUUGGAGGAUCAUAUCAGACAUGGGUCCCUUCGAGCCCCUCCGACAAUGUCUUUCCAGAGAUGGUGUGCAACCCAGGCCCGACUCGGUCAGACCCUCUCUCCACUUGAGGUGCUACCAUAUAGUCUACCCGACUCACAGCUUGGCUUCUGGGGCAUCCCUUUGGAAGAAAAUACAUUCGAUCAAUGUGAAAACUUGGAUGUCACGUUUCCUGCAGACGUCACCACGCUGCUGUUUGGCAUGAGUAACAACAGCCUACGGACUGAGCCCGUCGAUCUGAUGCUCGCUGCUCUGAUGCGUGGAUUUGCUUUAACCUUUCCAGAGCGGUCUGUUCCUCCGGUAUGGACAGAGGCCCAUGGAAGAGAGCAGUUGGAUGGCCAGUCUAUGGAUGUUUCAGGAACCAUCGGAUGGUUUACGACAAUCUUCCCUCUCGUGGUGCCCAUCACAUCAGCUCACUCACCUUCUCAUGCUGUACGGCUGGUGAAAGACAUCCGACGAAAAGUACCCGGAAAAGGCCAACCAUUCUCUUCCUGUCGGUCUCAUAGUGAAUCGGGUCGCCGGAUAUUCGGAGGUCAUAAUGUCGUCGAACUGGUAUUCAACUUUACCGGAAGAUUCCAACAACUGGAGAAGGAAGAUGGAAUCCUCCAGGAGUCAUCGUCACCUGCAAAUGAGGACUCUCAUGAGUGCCAGUUUAGCCAGGUUUCAGGCUCAGCCCAGCGUCCAUCUCUCAUUGACCUCACCCUGGGUGUGAUCGAUGGGCAGCUCAACGUAUCAUUCACCGUUCACCAAAAGAUGAAUCUAGAUCGGAUUCAGGAAUGGAUGCACCAUUUCACCAAUGAACUUGAGGAUCUCUGUCGCAGUCUUUCACGAGCUCCUUCCGAGUUCACACUCGGCGAUUUGUCGAUUCCUUCUUUAUCGUACCGCGGUCUUGACGUUCUUCUCCAGAAGAGUCUUCCUCAAAUGGGAGUCAAGGCUUCCUCUGUUGUGGAUAUGUAUCCAUGCUCGGCGCUGCAAGAAGGAAUGUUACUCAGUGCCAUGAAGGGAGCCGCCUCAUACCAUACUUUCACAAUUUGGCGUUGCGUAUCUGCUGACGCAUCAGAAGUAGAGACGAGAGUCUGCCCGUCCUUGCUGGGAAAAGCCUGGCAGAAAGUGACGAAAAGACACAGUAUUCUUUCCUCCAUAUUUACGCUACACCCAGAUGGAGAUGGAUUCAUCCAAAUUGUGUUGGAUAGCCCUGUGAUCCACGUGGCCCAGAUACUUCCUGAGUGUGACGAUCCCACUACGUCUUUGCUCAAACUGGAGAAACCAUCAUUCGCUCCUGGUAAGCCACAGCACUCGUUCACCAUCAGUCAAUCGAGUACCGGAGAAACAGUCUGUCGCUUGGAUAUAAACCACAUAUUGACAGAUGCUCACUCUGAAAUAAUCCUUUUGGAUGAGCUAGCACUCGCAUACGAAGGCAGCGAACUACAGACGGCACCCAUGUUCUCUGAAAUUGUACAAUACAACAGCAGGACUUCCAAAGUACAGGCUUUGGCUACCAAGGUGGCCAAUUUGGAAGGGAUCCAGCCCUGCAAAUUCCCUAUCUCAUCCUUGCAUUCGGGAGCAGCUCAACCCGUCAAAUUCGGCGAGGUAUCCCAUGCCACUCCAGCAUUUCAGGUUGAUCUCGCAGAUUUCUGCAAGAGCACUGGAAUAAUGUUCUCUUCUCUUAUGCAUGUUGCUUGGGCCAUGGUUCUCUCAUACUACACCGGAAUGUCUGAUGUCUGCUUUGGAUAUGAUGUCUCUGGCCGCGAUGCUCCAAUCAAAGGGGUAGACAGAUUGGUUGGACCCUUGUCAAAUCUCCUCAUCAGUCGCGUGCGCCUCAACGCUUCGGCAAAUGAGAUAUUGCAUGCUGCCUCGAUAAGAGCAGGUCAAGAUUGGGCCUUCCAAAAUGUCUCUAUGGCGGACAUUCAGCAUCAUUUGGGUCUUUCCGGACAGCAACUUUUCAAUACCUCGCUUUCAAUCCGUGACACUGGAACCCAGAAGUUUGCGCCCAACAGGAAAAUCUCAUUUCAAGUUGUGAGAAGCGAAGAUGCGCAUGAGUUUGACUUGAGACUGAACAUCUCUCUUAAACAAGGUCAUCCAGACUUUGUAAUUGAGUUUCAAGAGCCCCAUGUGUCUCAUGAGGUUGCUGAGGAAGUGUACGGAACCUUCAUACAGGCGAUUAAUCACCUUUUAACAACGACGGAAAACCACAUCUCAGAGCAUGGGGAGUCUCGGGCAUCGCAACGAGUGGACUCUACCUCGACACUUUUUGGCCAAUUCUUCACGCAGGUCGGGGGCAUCGAAAGGCCAGUCGCAGAGGCGUUCUGGAAGACUCAAUUUACCGAUAUUCGAGGUUCUCAUUUCCCUGCCAUCAAGCCAACUGUCACUCAUCACAGAAUCUACAAUAAUGUAUCCUUCGACCUGAAACAACUCUGUCUGACAGGCCAUGAUUUCACAGCAGAUGUGAUUCUGAAAGCAGCAUGGGCCCUGCUUACUACUCGCCUGUCUAACUCGGACGAAAGCCUGUUUGGCACAGCAACUGCUGGCCAUGGCGCGGGUUCGAUGUUGCCAAUCCGGAUUCUUGUCAAUGGGGAAAAGAGCAUUGGCUCGUUUUUGAGCCAGAUCAGGAAACAGGUUUGGGAACUUGGCCCCUUCAAACGGAUGCGACUGGAGCAAGUGGCCUGCAUAUCGAAUGAGACUGCUUUGGCUUGCAAGUUACAGUCCAUCUUGGUGACUCAUCCUGGAGACGAGAUUCAAACAGUCUCAAAAGCUGUUGUCGCCCCAGAAGGCUCCUACGAGCUAUGCAAACCGUCAUUGAUAAUUGAAGCUCGAGUUGAAGCCCAAUCCACCCAAAUCCAGACUACAUUCGAUCCUGCUGUCUUGGAACAUGUUCUUCAUCAGCUGGUCGAUUUUGAACUGCGAGAUACGCUAGUUCGAACUGUAACGGUCGCAAGUGCUGAUGAUCUAAACACAAUCUGGUCCUGGAAUGCCACGUUGCCGUCUCCAGUCAGCGGUUGUAUUCAUAGCAUGAUCAUUGAGAGAGCGAAUCAUUCACCCAAGUCCGUGGCUAUUGAUGCUUGGGACGGAAGUAUGACAUAUGGUCAACUCGACUUACUUUCAUCCAAGCUAGCCAGUCAAUUGGUCUAUAGAGGCCUUGGUAGUGGAAGCAUUGUUCCUCUCUGUUUCGAGAAAUCGAUGUGGAUGCCAGUGGCUGCACUUGCAGUCAUGAAAACAGGCGCAGCAUCUGUGCUAAUCGAGAUGUCGUAUCCGGAGCAGCGGAUCCGCGCAAUUAUUGAUCAGGUUUUUGCUGAUUCAACACAAAAGGUCAUUUUAUCAUCGGCCCACCAUCAUACUUUCUGCGAGCGCUUUGGCAGCAAUCAUGUGCUAGCCGUGAGCGAGGAGCUCUUAGACCAAGGUGUGAUAUCCAUCGCUUACGAGCCACCCUUGGUCCAUCCGUCAGACGUGCUCUACGUUGUUUUUACUUCUGGUACCAGCGGUAACCCCAAAGGAGUCAUCAUCACCCACCAAAACUUCUGCAGCGCCAUUGCUUACCAGCGAGAUCGGCUUGGCUUCGACACCAACUCAAGAGUGUUUGACUUUGCAUCAAACGCAUUCGAUGUGGCAUGGCUCAAUUUAAUCAAGACACUCAGCAGUGGCGGGUGUCUUUGCAUCCCAUCUGCCGCAGAGCGUGUCGAUGAUCUCGGUGGUUCUCUGGAGAAAUAUAAGGCAACUAUUGUCGAUCUUACGCCUUCUCUUGCACGCACCGUCCAACCACCUGUCCUUUCACGGCUGGCUACAUUGAUCUUAGGGGGUGAAGCCGUAUCACCCAGCGACUUCAACUUGAUCAAAGUCGCCUACGGUCCAGCAGAGUGUACCCCCACCAGUGCAAUUCUUGACAUCACUUCUUCCACUGAAGGGGAGAUAGGACGUGCGGCAGGAGUAUGCACAUGGAUUGUGGAUCUUGAAAAUCCAGAUGCAUUGGCUCCCGUGGGCGCGCCCGGUGAGCUUUGGAUUGAAGGCCCCCUUGUUGGCCAAGGCUAUCUCAACAACGUGGAGAGGUCUGCGCAGGCAUUUGUCCAUGACCCGGCAUGGCUGCAGCGUGGCUCCCCGGAUGGUCAACACUCUUUCCGAUCAGGCAGACUAUAUCGCACUGGCGAUCUAGUUCGAUACAAUGGCGAUGGCUCCCUGGUCUUUCUUGGGCGCCGGGACUCGCAAAUCAAGAUCAGAGGCCAGCGGGUAGAGCUGGGAGACAUCGAAAGUCAUGUCCGUCGAGCCAUUGGGACUAUGAGUGAUGAUUAUGCAGCUGACAUGCAAGUGGCAGUAGAAUACCUUCAUUUGGAUGGGUCGUUGGAUAAGUCGCUUGUUGCAUUCGUCAGUCUGGAGAGAGAUUCAUCGAUGUUGUCUUCCGAUGAUUUCACCAGUGCCGUUCAGCGCAUAGCCGCCCAGACUACGGAGCAGCUUGCAGGAGAGCUCCCUAUUUAUAUGCUGCCGUCUGCUUAUAUACCCCUUCAAACGAUGCCGAUCUCUACUACUGGCAAAAUUGACCGACGUCAACUCCAGCAGAUUGGAACCUCAUUCAGCGUCUCCGAUGUUGGCAGACUCUCUGGGAAGGCCACCAGAAAGCGCGCGCCAGAAACAGAGACUGAAAUACUGAUGCAAGGUCUAUGGGCAAAGGUCCUCCAGAUCGACCGAAGCCAGAUAACUGCUGAUGAUAACUUCUUCCACUGGGGUGGUGACUCUAUUGGGGCGAUGCGGCUUGUAGCCUUGGCGCGCUAUGAGGACCUUUCCUUCUCCGUCCGCGACGUGUUCCAGCACCCUGUUCUUUUUGAUUUAUGUGGUCAGUGUCGGACUGGAGUCGAAAGGACUAAUUUAUGCUAG